AUGGUGACGCGAGGCAGCGGGCAUGUGACUAAAGCUGUUGACUGCUCUCGGGCCGUGGUGGCAGAAUGGCUUGAGCUGCUUGUCCGAGGGGGAGGGAAGGAAGUCAGGCAGGCAGGCGCCGCGCGGAGGGGGCGGACUCCAACGGGAGCGGGGAGACGACUUUGCUCGAGUUGGGAAGAAGUGGUGGGCCCGAGUUGGAGAGUCGCCGCCUGUGGAUCUUUCUGGAGAAGAGUUGAAGUUUGGAUUGCGCUGGACACGCGGCGUUCUCGCUCCCCGGACGCGCGCCUCGUCUUCUUGACACCCCGUGCACGCGCUCACAGCCCCUGUCCCCAUUUACCGAGUUGCGCGCUCUUUAAAAUGGCCGAGGAGCAGGAACUGAUCAGCGCGUCCGAGUUCACCAAAGAUCGAUUAUAUUUCGCAACUCUGAGGAACAAGCCGAAGAGCACCGUCAAUACCCAUUACUUUUGCACCGACGAGGAACUCGUUUAUGAAAAUUUCUAUGCAGAUUUUGGUCCACUUAACUUGGCUCAACUGUAUCGAUAUUGUUGCAAGCUUAAUAAGAAAUUGAAAUCAUUUACUUUGUCACGUAAGAAGAUUGUUCAUUAUACCAGCUUCGAUCAACGAAAACGAGCUAAUGCUGCUUACCUAAUUGGUGCUUAUUCAGUAAUUUACCUUCAGAAAACACCAGAAGAGGCCUACAGAUCUCUUGUAGCAGGAAAGAAUCCUCCUUACAUGCCAUUCAGAGAUGCCUCCUUUGGGAAUUCCACCUACCACCUAACUAUUCUAGAUUGUUUACAUGCAAUAAAUCAGGCCUUGCAACAUGGCUUUCUUAAUUUUGAAAAAUUUGAUGUGGAUGAGUAUGAGCACUAUGAGCGUGUUGAAAAUGGUGAUAUUAACUGGAUCAUCAAUGGCAAAUUUCUGGCUUUUAGUGGACCCCAUCCAAAAAGCAAAGUUGAAAAUGGUUAUCCUCUCCAUGCGCCAGAAGCCUAUUUUCCAUACUUCAGGAAACACGGUGUUACCACAAUCAUAAGACUUAACAAGAAAAUUUAUGAUGCUAAACGCUUCACAGAUGCUGGGUUUGCACAUCAUGACCUGUUCUUUGUUGAUGGAAGUACACCAAGUGAUUGUAUUGUGAAAAGAUUUUUAACAAUAUGUGAGAAUGAGGAUGGCGCUAUUGCUGUACAUUGUAAAGCUGGUUUAGGAAGAACGGGCACACUAAUAGCAUGUUACAUGAUGAAACACUACAGAUUCACUGCAGCAGAAGCCAUAGGAUGGAUUAGAAUUUGCCGACCAGGAUCUAUAAUUGGUCCACAGCAGCACUUCUUGGAGGAGAAACAAGGUCACAUGUGGCUUGAAGGUGAUAUUUACAGGUCCGUGAAGAAACGGCGGGCUAUGGAUAAAGAGUGCACUGGAUUAAACCAGAUUAUUUCCGGCAUUGAUAAUCUCUGUCUUGGUGGAAACAUGAAGAUGCAUUCUAUAGACAAGAGUUUGGAGAACAAUUAUCCUGAAGAUGGAAAUCCUGCAACAACAAAUUAUAUGACUCAGGGAGAUAAACUUCGUGCCUUGAAAUGUAGGAGACAACCACGAUCAGCAACAACUGGAACAUUAAGGCUGGAUGAUAUGAAAAUUCAUUCACGAUCUCCAUCACAACCAUUCAGGGUCAAUUAUUCAAGUACUGGCCAAGGAUCAAUGUCACCUCUAAAAUCAUCGAAGAUCUCAAUUACUUCUGCAAGUCCACGAAGAAUAUGCAGAAAUCCUUUGCCUGCAAACAGUAAUAACAAAAGCUUCUCCAUAAACUCCAGGCUAGGCAGUUCACUAGGAAAUCUGUAUGCUGCCCCUGAUGAACCUGACAACAUAAUGACAUCAACUCCUAGGUCAAGUUUUACAGCUGGUUAUUCCUCCAACCAGCCUUGUAACAACUCGCAGCUUCCUGCGAGAUUUUACCAAGAACUGAACAACAACUACUACAGCAAAUGCAACAGUGGUACUACUUGCAGUAUCCCCAUCAAUACUUGUUCCCGUCCGAAGGAUGAUUACAACUGUAGAAAUACCUUUGGUGGCCUCAGUCCCGGCACCAUGCGAUACCUAAGUCGUUCACACCCUUCACUUCAGUCUGAAUAUGUUCAGUAUUAAAGCAUCACUACUCCGCUGAAAAUGGAAAAUGCUGUGAUUGGAAAAAAGAAGGAAACUGAAGUGAAGACGAACCUCCUUGAGCUGGAAACUAGGGAACCUUUAUUUAAAUAAUUUGUAAAGGACUAGUAAUUGCUGCAUUGAAAUUGCAAUACUUUGGAAAUGACUUUUCAUGACUACAUCAUGUAUUGAGAGCUGAUAAAUCAGUAUUGCUGAACUAUAAGUUUCUAGUCAAUGACCAAUUCUCCAUUUUGCUGUGCUGUCAUAAACAGCAGUUUGACUAACGCAUACUGACAGGUGAAACCUGGCAGCUGAUUUAGCUGAAAUUAGGCAAUACCUUAGGUUCUUGUAAAACAUCCUGCAAGAUCCUAAAUAAAAAGUUCAGCCUGGGAAUAUAAUAACCCUCCAGUGCUUAUGUUUAUACAAAUGAACCAUUUAAAAGGUGCAUUAUAGCAAGUAACAUGUAGAAGUUAAUUCUGCACCUCUUCUACAGCCUUAAACAGCAUCCCAUAGUCGUAGUGAUGGAGAGACUUGGUUUUGCAGUCUUAAAACAUGAAAACCAUUGAGUCCCAGUAUUUGCUAUCUCCUGCACUUCCCUAUACUCACAUUGCACAUUAUCCCCAGUUUUAGCCAAGCUGCUUAAGGGAGCACUUUUAUGUCCGUGUGCUCCACCUUUUGAUGGUAGAAGUAAUGUAUUUGUACGUGUGUCCAUUGUCCAGAUGACUGCAGCCUUCAGGCUAUAUCAUUAAAACAUAACAAUCAGAGGUAUUCAAAUAGCAAGGAGGAUGGGGUUUAGGAUAAAUCUGGACAAAAAUUAUAUUGAGAGUUUAAUUCAUUAUUUUUAGAAAUGCACCAGAAUAAAACAAACCAUUGAACUGAUUUCUAUUAGGUUUGAUUUAGCAACUUACUUUCUAAAGGAGCAAGCUGAUAAUACAACUCAGACUUUGAAUUGUGCACUUAUAAAAAUCACAAGUGUGUAAAUAUACAGUUACAAAUUUUUCAUGUAAGGAACGUUAACUGAGAUUUAUAUUUUUGUUCCAAGAUCUGUUUUAUAAAUUUACUUUUUCAUAUUGAUAGUUUGUAUAAAUAUGUAUAUACAGUAUAUGGUAUCUUAAAUAAAAAUAUCAUUUGCCCUGUACUUUCCUGAUGUUCUAAUGUAGUGGCAUUUGUGUUUUAGUAAACAUAUCAUUCAGGUAAUGGUAAUAUAAUUCAAAAUUAAUUUGUCCAUUCUGGACUAAGUUUCAAAAUAUUAAAGCUUUUUGGACAGGUUAUUUUUAAGUUAUGCCCACAUAGGGGGGAAAAUUGAUUUAGCUUGUACAAAUAACAAGCGGUGAGACAAUUUGGACAGACACAAAAAUCAAUUUGUUUUUUUUAAGAUGGUCAUUUGGGAGAUUGGGUGGGGACAGGGUAAAACAUUUGAUGUCUAAAAGAGUUUUAAAAUUAUCUUGUAAAUCAACUGGAGCAAAUCCUUGUCUGUAGUGUUAUUAAUACAAUAGAGCUAAUCUAAUAUAAUUGCAGUAAAAUCAUUGAUUUGUUUGUUAUAGUAUACUAGCUCAAAUUGUAAUGUUUGCUGUUUAAAAUGAUGGUUGUAUAUUUCAACAAAAUGUAGGCAGCAGAAAUGUAUUGUCAAAAUUCUACCUCUUGAAAAGAGAUUUGAAAAAUAGAGCUUGAGGUUCUUGUAUUUUCCAUGCUCUAUGAAGUUUUAAAAUUUUUAUGCUAAUUUCUUAACCAUAGGCCAGUAUUUUUAAAUACUCAAUUAAA